AUGGCUGGCGAAAUUAUCGAAGUCCUCGAUAAGAAGAUCUACUAUACGAUCGCUGCUGUCUACAUUCUGACUAUGCUGACGACAAUUAUCACCAAUAGCAUCGUGAUCCUAACUUUCUAUAAAGUUCGUUGUCUCCUCACCCCUUCAAGCUUACCAAUACUUAGCUUGGCCAUAGCCGACCUGGUACUAGCCGUAACUGUGAUGCCAUUUGGAAUUGUCGCAAAUGCCAACAGGAUCUGGUUGGUAAGUGAUUUUGGAUGUCACUGGUACGCGUACGGUCACACUGUGGUUGGCUUUUCUUCCAUUCUGCACCACGGUGUUAUUGCUGUAGAAGCCGCCAGAAAAAUUGUGAGAGGAAUACGAAACGCUGGAGCUCGAAGGCGUGGAAUGAUCACCACUAUUGUGGUUGUCUGGGCUGUUGUGCUUGUUUGGGGAACAAUGCCUUUGAUUGGUUGGUCAUCAUAUGGACCUGAAGGCAGUGGAGCUGUGUGUUCCAUCAACUGGAAAUCCACUGAUCCAACUGACGUCUCUUUCGUGAUGAUCACUUUCGUAUUGUUCCUGUUUAUUCCGGUUAUCAUUAUUAUGGCUUGCUAUACUGCUAUUUCAUACGAUUUGCGAAGGAUGGCAAGGAUAGCCGAGAAGCAAUGGGGACGUAAAGCACAAAUGACCAUCGCUCGCGUAUUGGCGAAGAAAAAGUCAAUGUGGACUGGUCUGAUCAUGUUUGUGGCUAUUUUCUUUGUCUGGAUGCCAUAUGCCAUUAUUUCGUUUCUCUCAGUCAUUGGUACCCCAGAAAAAAUCCCUCCUUUGGCUUUCGCCUUAGCAGCUAUGUUUGCCAAGACCUCAACAUUUGUAAAUCCUCUCAUUUGCUUCUUCUGGUAUCAUAAAUUUCGAGAUGGGACCAAAAGGAUUUAUAGAAAUUCAAAGAGGAUGGCAUCCCUGCAAAAGGCAUGGACCACUUCUUGUAAUGAGGCAGCUUGUGAAAUUCAUUUGAGAACCAACUCUUACCCAUAUCAUUCACCUGACUUCAGACAAGUGAGGUAA